UAUUAUUCAAAUCGUAUUUCAGUUUACUGCAUACGUUUGUUCACAACCACAACUAAACUUGUCAUAGUUCAGUUAAUUUAAAUUUCUACAAACAGUGAAUGUAGAGAUACAACGGUUAUUUCAACUUGAAAAACUAAAUCCACCCUUCCCUUUAGAAGACCGACACUGCUAUAGUUAAUGUUCUGCAGACAGCUCAUCCAGUCCAGUUUGCCGUCGGUGGCUAACCAACCUAGUAGACCGUGUUAUUGCAGUUCAUUUCAACAAAUUGCAAAUUAAUUGGCACAUUUGGGAAGUAUAGAAAAUGGCUCCUUCGGGGAAAGAGAAUAGUUUGCCUGCCAGAGUUAGAUCCAAUUCAAUGAACAAUGGUGUAUCAAGAAAAUCAGUUGUCUCCAAAGGCAGUACGGAGAAAAAGAAACCAGAGAAUUACCAACGUCGCUCAUUCAAUAUUCUGCCAGUUCAACGGCCAUCCAUUACAAAAACUACUUCAUCAUCUGGACUAGUUGGAAGCAACAAACCAGAUGUCAUCCAACGACCUCCUCCUCUGAAACAACCAACAUUAAAACCAGACAUCGUCCCUUUAUCAUCGAAUAACACCGCGAGAAGAUCUUUGAUGACUUCUAUGCAUUCAAGCGCCACUGGUUUGAAAGAAGCGAGUAAAGAAGCCAGUUCUACUGUGGUUCUUUGUCAGAAGAAUAGAAUAAUAACAAACCCUAACAUGAGACCCACUCACAUCUUAUCCAAACCAAAUGUGAAUACUGGUAGUCAACAUACCAGUGGAGAACAAAGAAAUCAAGUUUCCACAACCGGGCAAACAAAAGUUCAGACUGGGACCAGUCUACAAAAGUCUUUGUCAAAACCCACACAACCGACUACAAAACAGUUUCACUCUGGAGGAAAUGCAGUUCAAGCGGUUUCAAAAUCUUCCCUUUCUGUUGGAAACACAAUCCAUACAACUACAAAACCUUCUCAUUCUGUUGGAAACACUGUUCAAACAGUACCAAAAUCUUCCUAUUCUGUUGGAAACACAAUCCAGACAGUUACAAACCCUCCCCAUUCUGUUGGAAACACUAUCCCGAAAGUCCCAAAACCUUCCCAUUCUGUUGGAAACACUGUCCAGACAGUUCCAAAAUCUUCCUAUUCUGUUGGAAACACAAUCCAGACAGUUACAAACCCUCCCCAUUCUGUUGGAAACACUGUCCAGACAGCUACAAACCCUCCCCAUUCUGUUGGAAACACUAUCCAGAAAGUCCCAAAACCUUCCAAUUCUGUUGGAAACACUGUCCAGACAGCUCCAAAAUCUUCCUAUUCUGUUGGAAACACUAUCCAGAAAGUCCCAAAACCUUCCCAUUCUGUUGGAAACACUAUCCAGAAAGUCCCAAAACCUUCCCAUUCUGUUGGAAACACUGUCCAGACAGUUCCAAAAUCUUCCUAUUCUGUUGGAAACACUGUCCAGACAGUUACAAAAUCUUCCUAUUCUGUUGGAAACACUGUCCAGACAGUUACAAAACCUCUUCCUUCAGGAAUUCCACUUCAAACUCAAGAACAACCUAAAGCUGUGAUACAAAGUGAAGCUACUUUUCAAACAUCUAAUGGCAAAACACUCACUGCUGAUCAAGUUGAAUCGGAUAUGAAAAUGGGAUUAGAGAGUAACUCAGAUCCUAACAGGAAAAAAUGGACCCUUAGUGAUUUUGACAUAGGCAAGGCAUUGGGCAAAGGAAAGUUUGGGAAUGUCUACCUUGCCAGAGAAAAACAGUCGCAGUUUAUUGUAGCAAUCAAAGUGUUGUUCAAAUCUCAGAUACAAAAAGCUCGAGUAGAACACCAGCUCAGAAGAGAAAUUGAAAUACAAUCUCAUUUGAGGCAUCCUAACAUUCUGAGACUCUUUGGCUACUUCCACGACGAGACACGAGUCUAUAUGAUUUUGGAGUAUGCACCCAAGGGUGAACUGUACAAGGAGCUUCAAGCCCAGCCAGAGAAGAGAUUUGAUGAGCCAAGAGCUGCGCAACUGAUUCUCCAAUUAGCAGAUGCACUACAAUAUUGUCACGCCAAGAAAGUGAUUCAUAGAGACAUCAAGCCAGAAAAUAUCUUACUGGGAGCAAAAGGGGAACUUAAAAUUGCUGACUUUGGCUGGUCUGUCCAUGCACCGUCUUCCAAGAGAGACACCCUGUGUGGAACACUGGACUAUUUACCCCCAGAGAUGGUGUCAGGACAACCUCAUGAUGCUAACGUAGAUCUAUGGAGUCUCGGGGUGCUGUGCUUUGAGCUGGUCACAGGGAAACCUCCUUUUGAGACCAAGUCCUACGAUGAGACAUACUACCGCAUCCAGCGAUCGUUGUUCAUAUUUCCUCCUCACGUCUCACCGCUUGCCAGAGAUUUGAUCAAAAAGUUGUUAGUUGUAAAGCCGUCUGCUCGUCUGCCGCUCCCUGAAGUCAAGAGUCAUGAAUGGAUAACAGUCCACGUCUCCUAACCAUGUAUGACUCAUAACUUUGACACAUACUCCUAAAAAUCAUGAUUUGACCUUCAAGAUCCAGAAGAUCUGUACCAGUUCUUAUAAUUUGUAUGACUUGUCCUUUCACAUGCUAAAAAAGACGAGUAGUUCUUAAAUGUUUGCACCUACAGUUUAAAAUUUUUUCGAUAUGUAGUCAAAUUUGUAGCUUUAAUUAUCUCAGUUGUAGACAAGAGAAACACAAAAAUAAAAUGUGUUUGAAAAUGCAAAAGUAAAACUUAUUGUAAACAGCUUUAAAUAUUAGUAAAAUUCAUAUUUGAAACAGAGAGAAUGUAAAAAGUGCAAUUCUAAGUUAUUAACCUUUCAGAUUUGUGGUGGUAGAUAAGUCUAUUUGACUACUAUUUUUAAAGGAAUAAGUAAAAGAAUUAUGCUUAAGGAUAGGUGGUAUUAAAAGUUUUAAUAGUGUUAAUAGUUCAUUUGUUUUGUGACUGUUGUAAAAUGACUGCAAAACUAUUACUGAUUUGCUGCUAUCUUGACUACUAUAACUUAGCUGCAAGAUAUGUUACUCAAUCAACAAGAGUUUACCUGGAUAACCUGGUAAGAGUGGUGAGAGUUAUGAACAGUUUUAAAUAUACUUAAGUUCUAUGACUUCAAACCUUUGGUAGGAGAUUGCAUGCUAAGUAUUACAACAGAACAAUUAAUUUAAGGGUGACCAAUUAUUAAACAGACAAGUCAAUUAAAUUAUUAUAUUGUUCAUAACUAUUGCAUCCUGUUAAAAAUCUUGACAAUUGCAGAUUUGUAAAUUUGUUAUCUCUAGUAUAAAUUGUAUUUAAAGACUGUAUUUUGUAACAUUUUAACAUUUUUAUAAGAGUUUUUGCGAUAUAUGUGUAAAUAGUAAGUUGUAUUAAGUUUAUUGUUGUAUGUCAUGAAAUAAAGUUAUUGAUAGAAUUUUA